AUGGUGAGUAAUGAUCGACACCUCCCUUUAAAUAGCUGGCUGCAGUGCUGACCUAGCUGCCAUACCCAAACUAGGCACACCCUCUCACAUCCCUGAGCAAUGUCACUGCUCCUCCCCCACCCAUACCCAGCUUGUUCUGUCAAACUACAGGGCUGGAGAAAUGGCUGUGUGAAAGUAGUUGCCCCAGUCUCUACAUGAGCUGAGUCAUAACAGUAGUAAAUUAAGUGUGGAGGGUUGUAGAAACAAAUGCAGGGAAAAAUACCUUAAAAUCACAAGGACCUCACUGUAGACAUUUGGGUCACUUUUGUAGAUUCAGUUCUAGAUUUGAGGUGUUUCUUUCUGUAACGGUUCCUUAACUUCCCCUGACUAUGGCAAAAAAAGAAACGCAACAUGCAACAAUUUCAGAUAUUUUACUGAGUUACCGUUCAGAUAAUACAUUAAUUAGGCCCUAAUCUAUGGAUUUCACAUAACUGUGAAUACAAAUAUGCAUCUGUUAAUCAUAGAUACCUUUUUUUUAAAGUAGGGGCGGCGGAUGAAUGGCACGACAAUGGGCCGCAGGAUCUCGUCACGGUAUCAUUCAAAUUGCCCUUGAUAAAAAUGCAAUUGUGUUCAUUGUCCGUAACUUAUGCCUGCACAUACGAUAACCCCACACAAUGCCAUCUGCCCGGUAGAGUUAAAACCGGGAAUCAUCUGUGAAAAAAGUUGCAUUAAAUUUGAGAGAAGUAAGCUAUUUGUGCAUACUGAAAAUGUCUGAUACAAUUGACCUUGCUGCUACUGAAAGUUCAACCUAGCUUAAGGGAGAUAUUAUUCCAUCCUUCUACCAGAGGACAAAGCCUAGUUGGAUGGUGUGCCUGUUCUCCUGUUACUGUGGCAGGUGGUCCUGUUUUUAUAGUUGGGCCUUCCCAAAUCAACACAAUUCAUAAGGACUGGCAACACAUACAACCGCACAACUUUACGAGGUGCGUCCUUCUCUUGGCGUGUCACACUCAUAAACUUCUCUUCCUUGACUUUCUCGCUCCCUAUCUCCCAUCUCUGUAUAAUAAGCAAUUUUGGCCAGACAGGUGUUGUGCGUACGUAUCCAGCUCUGGUGCGCUGGUAUUUAGAAAUUAUAAGCUUGUUAUUAUCAGCUUCGCUCAUCCUUGGCGGCGCUUUCCCCUCAUCCUGUUCGCUGCGAGCUGGAAAUAUUUCAGUAGGGUGUGGCGGGACUUUUGGCCUUGCCUCAGACUCGUCAGCUCCUGUUAACAUUGUCGAUAGCUCAUUGACGCGCUGAGGGGGGUAGGGUUGCCUCUUGCCAAUCCUCCCAGUUCGGCCUUUAGUCUAGUGAGGCCUAAUCAGACUUUACCACCACUUUUCUUUUUUAUCACAUUUUUAUUGUCUCUACUGACCUCGGUCCAAGUUAGCAUUCCAAUGAGGGUGAGAUAUCGAGGGGAUGUAUCUCAAUCUAAAGUGGCUUCCUCUCAUCAAGCCAGUGGAGCCUAAAUGAAAGGAAGAUGAGAGUAGGCCAUAAUAAACUAUUGGGAUGCACCUUUGGUGUAGUGUGAUAACACAUUCAGUUAUUGUUUCUUUUGUUAAUGCUGUACAGUGUCUUAUCGACUGGGUGGCGUCACUGCAGUCUAGGCUCAACUAUGCUGCCGUCUGCCAAUACUGCAUUGCAAAAUUGGCUCAUCUCUCGCACAGGCACAUGACCUGCUGUUUGGUCCUUAGUGAAUCUAGAUCUCAAGCGCCGCCUUGUGUCCAUAACAUGUGUACACUACAUGGCCAAAAGUAUGUGGACACAUGCUCGUCGAACAUCUCAUUCCAAAAUCAUGUUGGUCCCCCCUUUGCUGGUAUAACCACCUCCACUCUUCUGGAAAGCCUUUCCCCUUGAUGUUGGAACAUUGCUGAGGGAACUUGCUUCCAUUCAGCCACGAGCAUUAGUGAGGUCGGGCACUGAUGUUGGGCGAUUAGGCAUGGCUCGCAGUCGGCGUUCCAAUUCAUCCCAACUGUGUUUGAUGGGGUUGAGGUCAGGGCUCUGUGGCAGGCCAGUCAAGGUCUUCCACACCGAUCUCGACAAACCAUUUCUGUAUGGACCUCGUUUUGUGCACUGGGGCAUUGUCGUGGUGAAACAGUAAAGGGACUUCCCUAAACUGUUGCCACAAAGUUGGAAGCACAGAAUCGUCUAGAAUAUCAUUGUAUGCUGUAUCGUUAAGGUGUCCCUUCACUGGAACUAAGGGGGCUAGCCCGAACCAUGGAAAACAGUCCUAGACCAAAGUCACUGAGCUCUUCAGUAAGACCAUUGUUUGUCUAUGGAGAUUGCAUGACUGCUUGAUUUUUAUUCACCCGUCAGCAAUGGGUGUGGAUGAAUAUACUGUAUGUAAAGUACACUGAGUUUACAAAACACCUUUUCUAAUAUUCAGUUACACCCCCUUUUGCCCCCACAACAGCCUCAAUUUGUCGGGGCAUGGCUCUACAAGUUUUCAAGUGUUCCACAGGGAUACUGGCCCAUGUUGACUCCAAUGCUUCCCACAGUUGUCAAGUUGGUUGGAUGUCCUUUGGGUGGUGGACCAUUCUUGAUACACACGGGAAACUGUUGAGCGUGAAAAACCCAGCAUACGUUGCAGUUCUUGACCCAAAGCAGUGCGCCUGGCAUCUACCAUACCCCAUUCAAAGGCACUUAAAUAUUUUGUCUUGCCCAUUCACCCUCUGAAUGCCAUACAUACACAAUCCAUGUAAAUUGUCAUGAGGCUUAAAAAUCCUUCUUUAACCCGUCUCCUUCAUCUACACUGAUUUAACAAGUGACAUCAAUAAGGGCUCAUAGUUUUCACCUGGUCAGUCUGUCAUGGAAAGAGCAGGUGUUCUUAAUGUUUUACACGCUUGAUAGAUCAGUUACAUGGCCUCAGACUAGGUUAAUGGCUAUGUCAAUACCGGUAGUCACCCGUUAAGAUGUGGCUAGGCUUCUGAGAUGGUAGCUGCAUACAGUUCAGUAUUUAAAGUAGGGCAGAUCUGACUCACUGCAGAGUUAGCUAAGCCAUGCUAGGAAGAACAGUGCAGUCAUAGUCCCAUUUCAACACACUGCAAACAAAUUGGGUCACCGUGCAAAUAUACACACAACUCAUAACUUUGGCUCGUAACUCUGGCGGCUUGCUCACCUGUCAUUUGUCACUCAGACAUGGGCAGGUUCCGUUUAUUUCCUCUGUUAGUGUAGAGCAGUGGUUCCCAACCUUUUUCCAUUACUGUACCACCAACUGAAUGUUGCUCUGCCUGAAGUACCCCCUCAUGAGCAUUUUACCAGUAAAAGCCUAUAGUCUUAUGAGUCUUCUCAAGUACCCCCUGUGUAUAGGCCAACCUGGGUUGGGAACCACUGAUGUAGAGUGCUACCACUUGGUGGUGAGAAACAGCAGUAAUACAAGUGCGAAAAUAGAUGCCCAAAUCCUUAAUCGACCUCAAAUAAACUCCUAUGCGUUGAGUGGUUUGUCAGGGUGCUCCACUGACUCCAUUUUCCAUUGGUGUCAUUGAAAGCCAAGUGUUUUUCCAUCAUCCAGUGCAGACUGUGCCGCCAAUGCAUCGGACCCUGUGGUCCUCUGUAGCUCAGCUGGUAGAGCACGGCGCUUGUAACGCCAAGGUAGUGGGUUCGAUCCCCGGGACCACCCAUACACAAUUUUUUUUUAUUAUUAAUUAUGCACGCAUGACUGUGUCGCUUUGGAUAAAAGCGUCUGCUAAAUGGCUUAUUAUUAUAUUAUAUUCAAUGUGUUAAUGUCUUUUGUCCCUGUUCAAAGAAAUCAUAAAUUAAUUGUUUGACUAACCCUGUGUUUUCUUGUCUCCAGCGUGAGUGUAUCUCUGUGCAUGUGGGUCAGGCUGGAGUCCAGAUGGGCAACACCUGUUGGGAGCUGUACUGCCUGGAGCACGGGAUCCAGCCGGACGGCACAAUGCCUAACAACAAGGCGGUCGGUAGCACUGACGACUCCUUCACCACUUUCUUCAGCGCCACGGGCAUCGGGAAAUACGUGCCCCGCGCCAUCUUCGUAGACCUGGAGCCCACUGUCAUUGGUUAGUAUUUGAGGGACCAUGCAGAGAAAAUGCACUGACUGAUUGAUACUGGGGAUGUGUAGGAAGAGCGCUUCAUCAAUAUGGUGGUACAGUUCAAAAGAAGCAUCAAGAACAGACUAAUUAACCCUGGUCUGUUCCCCUUUCUCAGAUGAGGUGCGUACAGGUACCUACCGCCAGCUGUUUCACCCCGAGCAGCUGAUCUCAGGGAAGGAGGACGCAGCCAAUAAUUACGCCCGUGGCCACUACACUAUAGGCAAGGAGAUCAUCGACCAAGUGCUGGACAGGAUCCGCAAAUUGGUGAGGGGAAACCGUCAGAUUUGAUAGAUUCAAUGGUGAUAUUAGGAUAACUCAUGGAUUUUUUGUGUGAAUGUCUUAUGAGAAAGGGUUUUAGCCUUGACUUAAUGUGUCUUAUCAGAGCUAGAAAACAUGCCUGUGUUUUCUGUGUCUUGACAGGCUGACCAGUGCACAGGGCUCCAAGGUUUCCUGGUGUUCCACAGCUUUGGAGGAGGUACCGGCUCUGGUUUCACCUCCCUGCUCAUGGAACGUCUCUCCGUUGACUUCGGGAAGAAGUCCAAGCUGGAGUUUGCCAUCUACCCUGCUCCCCAGGUGUCCACAGCUGUAGUGGAGCCCUACAACUCCAUCCUCACCACCCACACCACCCUAGAGCACUCUGACUGUGCCUUCAUGGUCGACAACGAGGCCAUCUACGACAUCUGCCGUAGAAACCUGGACAUUGAGCGCCCCUCUUACACCAACCUCAACAGGCUCAUCAGCCAGAUUGUCUCCUCCAUCACCGCCUCUCUCCGCUUCGACGGUGCCCUCAACGUGGACCUGACAGAGUUCCAGACCAACCUGGUGCCUUACCCCCGCAUCCACUUCCCCCUGGCCACCUAUGCCCCCGUCAUCUCAGCCGAGAAGGCCUACCACGAGCAGCUCUCUGUGGCUGAGAUCACCAACUCCUGCUUCGAACCCGCCAACCAGAUGGUAAAGUGCGACCCUCGCCACGGCAAGUACAUGGCGUGCUGCCUGCUGUACCGCGGAGACGUGGUGCCCAAGGAUGUCAACGUGGCCAUUGGCAACAUCAAGACAAAGCGGAGUAUCCAGUUCGUGGACUGGUGCCCCACAGGUUUCAAGGUGGGCAUCAACUACCAGCCACCCACCGUGGUACCAGGGGGUGACCUGGCCAAGGUCCAGAGAGCUGUGUGCAUGUUGAGUAACACCACAGCCAUCGCUGAGGCCUGGGCGCGUCUUGACCACAAGUUCGACCUAAUGUACGCCAAGCGGGCAUUCGUGCACUGGUACGUGGGCGAGGGCAUGGAGGAGGGAGAGUUUUCUGAGGCCAGGGAAGACAUGGCUGCCCUGGAGAAGGACUACGAAGAGGUGGGCAUCGACUCAUUCGAGGAGGACGGGGAAGAAGGAGAGGAGUAUUAG